AUGGGAGAAGUUAGUGAUGAUAAUUCCAACAUGUCCUUUCUAAAAAGAAUCGCUACAAGUGACGUACCACUGCUGAAAGAGUAUGGUGUCAAUGGAGUUGUCAUCGCCCUGCUUCUGGCUGUAGUUACUCCUGUCUUGCUUUCCAUGAUGUUUGGUAAGAAGACAAAGCAAAGGGCGGUGCGAGCUGAUGUGGGUGGAGAGGAGGGAUUUGCCAUGCGGAACAGUAGGUUUUCAUCCUUAGUUGAAGUCCCUUGGGAGGGCGCCACCACAAUGGCAGCUCUGUUUGAGAUGGCCAGCAAAAAGUACUCUCGACGGAGGUGUCUUGGCAUGAGGAAGCUAAUUAAGAGGGAAUUUGUGGAAUCUUCUGACGGUAGGAAGUUUGAGAAACUGCACCUUGGUGAAUAUGAAUGGGAUACCUAUGCUGAGGCAUUUAACCGUGCAUGUAAUUUUGCUUCUGGGCUUAUCAAGAUGGGCCACGACCUAGAUAGUCAUGCUGCUAUAUUCUCUGAUACAAGAGCUGAGUGGAUCAUUGCUGCUCAGGGAUGCUUCCGACAAAAUUUAACUGUUGUAACAAUAUAUGCAUCUCUUGGUGAGGAUGCAUUGGUGCAUUCAUUAAACGAGACACAGGUUUCAACUCUGAUAUGUGAUUCGAAUCAACUUAAGAAGAUACCUGCAAUCAGCUCUAAAUUGCAGAGUCUUAAGCAUAUUAUCUAUAUUGAGGAUGAACCUGUUGAGGCUGAGACACUGAAUCAAGUGAAGCAUCUGACAACAUUGUCUUUCACUGAAGUAGAGGAACUAGGCAAGACAUCUCAUGUUGAUGCAAGGUUACCUUCAAGCUCUGAUACUGCAGUUAUCAUGUAUACAAGCGGAAGUACUGACCUUCCCAAGGGUGUAAUGAUCACACAUGGCAACAUUGUGGCCACAACUGCAGCAGUCAUGACAAUAGUCCCAAACCUUGGCAUGAAUGAUGUUUAUCUGGCUUACCUUCCAUUGGCUCAUGUCUUUGAACUAGCAGCAGAGACUGUCAUGUUAGCUUCUGGUACUGCUAUUGGAUAUGGUUCAGCAUUGACUAUGACUGAUACAUCAAACAAGAUUAAGAAGGGGACAAAAGGAGAUGUUUCUGUACUGAAUCCUACUCUUAUGAUUUCAGUUCCUGCAAUUUUGGAUCGUAUCAGAGAUGCUGUGUUUAAGAAAGUUGGUGAGAAGGGUGGCCUGGCAAAAAAGCUGUUUGAUUUUGCAUAUAAGCGAAAUCUUGCAGCAAUUGAGGGAGUUGUGGGUCAAGGCUAUGGAUUGACUGAAACUUGUGCUGGAGCAGCUUUCACUGAAUGGGAUGACACAAGUGUGGGUCGUGUUGGUCCACCGCUUCCUUGCUGCUAUGUCAAGCUUGUUUCGUGGGAAGAAGGUGGUUAUAGGAUUUCUGAUUCUCCGAUGCCGAGAGGAGAGGUCGUGGUUGUUGGACACAGCAUAACAAAAGGUUAUUUCAACAAUGAAGCAAAGACGAAUGAAGUAUACAAGAUUGAUGAGAGGGGCAUACGCUGGUUCUACACUGGUGAUAUUGGUCAGUUCCAUCCUGAUGGGUGCCUUGAGAUUAUUGACAGGAAAAAAGAUAUAGUAAAGCUUCAGCACGGAGAAUAUGUGUCUCUUGGCAAGGUUGAAUCGGCUCUGGCAACAAGCAAUUAUGUGGAGAACAUCAUGGUCUAUGCUGAUCCAUUUCAUAAUUAUUGUGUUGCCCUGGUUGUUCCAGCACACCAGGCCUUGGAGAAGUGGGCUCAAAAUUCUGGGAUAAACUAUAAAGGCUUUGAAGAGCUUUGCCAAAAUGAUCAAGCAAUUAAGGAGGCCGCGAAAGUAGGAAGGCUCGAGAAAUUCGAGGUUCCAGCAAAGAUCGUGCUGUUGCCUGAACCGUGGACGCCGGAGUCCGGGCUGGUGACGGCGGCGCUUAAACUGAAGAGGGAGCAGAUAAAGACCAAAUUCAAAGACGAUUUGGACAAGCUCUAUCACUGA